AUGGAAUUCACCUUCAAAUUUUACAAACACAAGCACCUGUUCCGGCUGAAGGAGGAGUGGAAGGACAUCGGGGCGCAUGUUUUGUACUGCUCCGGCGGGGAGGCGGUUGACAACGCGGCGGUGGAUGAGAAGCCGGUGAAAGGGGCAGCGGCGGAGCUGGCGGCUGUGGCGGCGCGUGGGCACAUCCCCUAUGCCGAAAUUGUGAACACCAUUCAGUACUCAUCCAUUUGCCUGUCCGUCUUUAACCAGCGAAGCGAAGUGGCAGGCAUUGUUUCCCUGGACUAUGAGCUAUGUGCAGGUUCCUUCAAAAAAAAAGCGCACGAGCAGGUACCCCUGGGUGAUAUCUACCAGGCUGUAUCAUUGCACAUAAAGGAGCAUUCCGUGGGGUCAAAUUUGUCCCCAAACAAUUCCCUAAUAAUCAAUUUAAUGGUCAGCAAGAAUGUGGACUACCUGGACGAGUUAUGCUCCUACGUGUUUUACACCUUUGAGGAUAUCGUUUUUAUUUUACUCUUUUUGGGGAAAAAAGAUGAGGAACAUUUCUCCUGCGAAAGGAUGAGCAGGUGUCUACACAUCGAUGUGAAGGAGCACCUGCAAAUGGAGGAGCUUCCAUAUGACCGAAUUGUCCUUUUCUGUAGAUACUCAUACGCUAGUAAGAUUUACAUACGCCCGACGAGCAGCUCGGAUGUAUACGAUCUGCAUCAACUGCUCAGGAAGUAUUCAGAACAAACUGGAGGGGAUGAAACUCACUACCUCAUUUACAACCUCAUUGAGAGCAAAACUGAGGAGGAUAUUCUCCUCUCCAUACUUAACCAUAAGAAGAAAAUCAUCGGAUUUGCGUGGCUAAAGAAAAACAUAGACGUGAAUGUGCUCGUCAACCUGUACAACUUGAAGGCCUACAACUACCUGCUGCGACGGGAGUUUUUCCAGGACGUUGCCCCCUGUUUGGUUCCUUUCUCUGAGGGGGCGAAAAACCUCAACAAGAAAAAAAAAAAAUACCUGUUCAUCCAAUUUAAGCAAUACAUUUUGAGCCAAAUCCGCGUCGAGUGUGAAGCCGACUUGGAAAAGAAGCACGAAAUUGGUGCGGACGUUAUUUAUGGCUAUUUGCGGGAGCAUUUGAUGGAGGACGUGGAGGAGUACGCCGCGUACUUUGCCAAGAAGGAUUUAGACACGAGGGUGAUCUUGAGGAAUAUCUACAGCAAGCUGCAGUACGACUUUGAAAACUGCACGAAGGACCCAACCAACAGCAGCGUCAACUUUGCACUGAUGAACAAGCUGAUCAACUUGUGUGCCCACAUAAGCUACUCCGAUAUCGCCAGCGUGAGCGCCAAAUUCCAAAGCCACUUCGACAAGGUCGAGAUGCUCUACUUCAACUUCCACACAGACAAGACGUACAAAAAGAUUUACGACAAGGUGUGGAGGAAGAAGGCGGGCAUAAAGACGGACGAGGGGGGAGAACACGAUGCAAAAAAAAUCAACAUCAUCAAGCUGAACUGCGACAGUGGCGGCGCGACAAAGCAGGGGAAGAGCUCCAAGGAGGUGGUGAACCUGUCCUACUUCGACAUAUUCCUCCUGCUGCAGAAUAUCUACCCGGAGAUCUUCAAAAAGAACGAAAUCAUCCUGCUGUUUCUCUUUCUCGACUUGUACGAGCUGAUCACCGUGGAGGAGUCGACCCCGUUUGACUGCGUCUCGUUCAAGCUCUACCUGGACGAGCUGGUGGCCAUCAAGAAAAACUACUUCAUCUGCAAGUACAAGCACAUCGACUGGCUGAGCAGUUUGGGCGACCAGGACAAGAACGCCUUUUCGUUAAACUUGUUCAUUUUGAAUGACAAGUACCACCACCACUGCAAAGACGUGCUGCUGAAGAUCGAGAAGUACUACGACGAAGUGGACUACCUGGUGGCCACGAACAACGAGCGGGGGAGCAUCCCCCUCAUCCUAAACUACUUCAACCGCGUGGAGAAGAAAAAAAAGACAAACACGUUGGAGUCCUUGUAUGUGCUGAAUAAGUACACCCUUUUCCUCCCCCCCUGCACGGACUACAUGAAGAUGGGCGAUAUAGAGGAUGUGCAGAAGCUGCUGGAGGCCGUGGAGGGCAAGGAGAAGGAGCCGAUCAGUGCGGCUAUUUUGUCUCUGCGGGAGUUCCACAGGCGGGCCCUUGCCCAGGGGGGGGAGGCCCCCUCAGAGCUCAAGUUCUACCGCUCCCAAAACUACUACAUCUUCGUGACGCGGUGCGGGGGCAAAGCCAUCAACGUGACCGCGGGGCGCAUCCUGAACAACAUAGACUUUUACUACAAGCUGAAGGCCUUCGACUUUAAGGACGUCAUCCUGAGGAACGAGAACCAACAGGAGAGGCACUUCCUGCUCUCCUUCUUUUUGUCCAUCAUCAUUUUCAAGUUUUACGACAAGCGGAUUGUGCACAAGGUUUUGGGAAUGACGAAGGCCUGCUCGUGCCAAAUCUCCGUGGGGGACAACACCUACAGCGACGUCUACAAGCACUUCAAAUUUCUGUUCAUGAAGGACAACAGCGUGAGCGUGCUGAAGGAGCCCCCCCAGGGCGCGCAGGCGAGUCACAGCCCUGUGGGUAGCCACAGGCCGAAGAACGAACGGGAUGAAAAAUUUUACCUCGUGAUGACGAAGCAAAUGUGCCUCAAAAAGUUCACCAACAUUGACCACAACGUUGUCUUUUGGGGAAUCAACGACGUGUGCCUCAGCGUGCUAUACAAGCUGAUGGCAAAUAAUGAGUUCUUUUUUAAUAACAUAAUUAUAGUCACCUCGUAUAGAAAUAGACUUCUGGAGGGAACCCCCCCUGGAGCAGAAGAGACAGACGAUUACAUCUGCAACAGCAUCAGAAAAUGGAGCCUGGAAAAUCUAGCCAUGUACAAAAGGCUAUCAAAUUUAAUGGUCAAACAGAGGGUCAAAAUAAUUCACGACAAUAUUUUUAAUAUCGAUCGGGAGAAUAAAAAAAUUGAAUUAAAUAACAGCCAAUUUAUUUUUUAUGAUUACCUGUUCAUCUGUUUUGAUAAGGAAGACGUUAGCACUUACUCGUUCCAACUGAAUAGCUACCAAGUGGGGAAAAAAAAAAACUUUAAUUUUAUUGAGAGGAACAAGAGCUCCGCUUGCCCCAAUGAGCGCUUUGACUUUCUGACCAAAGCGAAGGAUUACGAGAAGUUCGAGGCGAGUGAAUGGCCCGCAAAGGGGCGAUCCCUCGAGAGGGGCACGCCUCGCAGGGGGAAGAGGCAACAUGUGGGUAGGGCACUCUUCGAAGGCACGAAAAGUGGCUUCGCCAAAGUGAGCGGAGGGAAAGACGCGAUAAGCAAUGUGCAUCAUCCCGGGGGGGGAGACCCCUCCAGCAGCUCCGGCUCCGACUCCAGCGAGGGGGGCGUCACGGGGUUGCCACGUAAAGGGGAGAAAAUUGGAGGAACGCUUCAUGUCGGGGAGAAGCAUGUCCAAACGCUGCACAAGCAGAGGGGUGAACCCCUCGGGGGGAAACACCCAACGGGGGAAUCGGGCAAAGCGGACGAGGGGGAGGAGAACCACUCUGACUACUCAACGUUAUCGUCCAGUUGCAUACAAACGAGUGAAACGAGUCAGUCGGAGGGGGAGGCGAAGGGGGAGGCGAAGGGCGGUGUGGCUUUCGAAGUGGUCGAAACGAAGGAUGAUGCCGCCGAUCAGCAGGGUGGUAACACCACGAAAAGGGGUCCCCCAAUAGACGGCACAUUACAGAGGGGGAGUUUAAUCGGGGGAGCCGCGCCGUCUCAGCUGGGCGAGGGUAAAAAAAUGGGGUCAAAAGGGGCAGACAAAGCGGGGAAAGCGGUUAAGGCGGGCAAAGCAAACAAAGCGCACAAAGCGCACACCGCGGCUAAGGCGCACACGGGGGAGAGAAAAAACGUGGAGGGGCUGUUCAGCAUCAGCGACCCCUUCUUGGAUAAAUACUUCGGCGCAAACAGCACCUACAUGACCGUUGUGAAGAACUGCGUGAGCUACAUCGUCGUGUACAGCGACAACAUGGACGUCCUGAGCGUCGUCAACUUCUUCCUGAGGAACGGAGUGAACGCGUACAAGCUGCUGAUCAUAUCUCCACACACAUGUGCCAAGUGCAGGGGAAAAAAGGAAAAAAAUAAUUUAAGGGAAAAAAUAACCAAACAUAGGCUCUAUUACCAGCAGAAGGAACAGCUAAAGCAAAAUUACAUCAUCUCUGAUGAGUCGAUUAGGAAAAGUUGUUACCAUAAGAAUUGCGUGCCUGAUAAUGUUAAGCAGGUCCUAAAAAAAGUGUUUGUCCUUUUCCAUUUUCUAAAAAUCCGUAUCAUCCAGGGGGAGAUCAUUGCCAUUAAGAAGAGCAAGCAGAACAGGUUGAAACACGUCGUGGUUCGCUUUUGCAAACAUGGGAAGGUCGAUCCGACGUUCGCAUCUGCUCAGAAGUUUAUUUCGAAAAAUACUGUGCUGAUUCCUUGCAGGGUUAUGCUCUGCUCCUACGCGUUCAACAUCAGCAACCACCUGCACUACGUGCUCAACAAGGCCUCCAUCGUCUACAACGACCGCAUCUGCGUGAAUCACAAUUUUCAAACGAACGACAAAUUCAUCUUCAGCGCCGGAGAGCUGUGCGCAUUUUCGAGCAGAUACCGAAUCGGCAAAGGGAACAUCUUAAACCACGAGCAGUACAAUGGCAGCGAAAUUGGGAAACUCGUAAGCAAAAGGUUUCUACGCAUUAUCAUGCAGAAUGUUCGUUCGCCCUGCGAUUUGUCCGGCUCGAAGAAGAGCGCGAAGGAAGCGCCCCAAGGAGGUAGUUCUUCCCCCCUCGGGGCAUCCACAAAUGGAGGGAAUACCCAACGUGGUGAAAGAGGCAGAGAUGACGAUACCUACCAGGGGGGGGACGCAGACAACCCUGUGGAUCUGUACAAAACGCUGAAGGUGUUCGAGAAGCCCAUUAUCCACUUCAGCUGCCUCCCCUGCGAUUUUUACUUAUACCAUUUCCAAGCGCCCACAGGGGACCUCUGCAAGUUCCACGACCCCUGCGCUGUGGGGAAGGGCAGCAUCCGCGGUGCGGGCAAGGUUGGCGACUCGGGCAGUAUCAAUCGUGUAAACGCCACAAACGUGUACAACGAGGCCUUCUUGACGGACACCCUAAAGAUAUGCGUGCGAGGGGACAUGCAGCUGAGCGAGCGCUUCAAGGUGAAGCACUUCGAAGUCGCCAGCAACAUCAGCACGGAGGGCUACUACUGCAGGGUCACGACGAAUUCGCUGAACCUCAUAAACUCGUUCACCUACUUGGGGCGCCAAAAACUGAACUUCCACAACCUGCACAAGCUGUGCAACAUGUCCAUGAACUACUUCUACGCGAUUCUGAAAAACAUAAGGAGCGACCCCCACUACGACAUUUUGAGCCUGCUGAGUGAGGAGAGGGAGAAGUCCAUUUUUCACUACAAGUUCCAGAUGUUUAGGGAAAAGCUGAAGACGAAGUUGAUGCACCUGCCCUUGGUGAAGGAGUCCAUCCACGCGCAGCUGCGGGGCGUCAACGACGCGGAGUCCUUCCGGCAGUACGUGCGCGAGCAGCUGCUCCUAGAAGACGGCCCGACGACGGACCUCAUCAAGGAAAAGGUGGAGACGCACCUGAUCGAAUACAUAAAGGAAAACCACGAGUUGCUCAACGGGUACUACUUGCCCAGUUGA